CUGCUGAUGUCCGCCAUUUCGUGUAUUGUGCGCUGAAGAAUUCGUGAUGCCGCCGCAAGCUAGUGGAAAAGCCGUCAAGAAGGCCGGUAAGGCACAGAAAAACGUCCGUGCCACCGACAAGAAGAAGAAGAAGCGUAGGAGGAAGGAGUCGUUCUCAAUUUACAUCUACAAAGUGCUGAAACAAGUGCAUCCCGACACCGGUAUCUCGUCGAAGGCUAUGUCGAUCAUGAAUUCAUUUGUGAACGAUAUUUUCGAGAGAAUCGCCGCCGAGGCAGCCCGGCUCUCGCACUACAAUAAACGAUCGACAAUCACCUCGCGGGAAAUCCAAACCGCGGUCCGGCUCCUCCUGCCCGGCGAAUUGGCGAAACACGCAGUCUCAGAAGGAACGAAAGCCGUCACCAAAUACACGUCGUCCAAGUAAGCGCCCCGUUGGUCGGGUCAACCGAGAAGUGGUUCGCUUCCAAAGUCGUCGCCGCAUCAAUCGGGGAUUCGAGCUCUACUCGUUCGCGCCCCACGUCACGAUACUUCGUUCAUCUGAAUCGAUCGAUAAUAAUCUCUGCGGCAGCGGCCAAAUCGUGUGGGCCACUGACCACUGUCGAAUGAAAAAUGCAAUCCGACAGGAGAGCGUGUGCGGCCGAGCAAAUAUUGUGAUUCUUAAAACUUAGGGCGAGCUGACGGCGGAUAGGCCGGAAAAAAUGUUGACACCAAUAGUGUUGUGUGCGAUCUCUGGUCAGAAAGUCGGAGGAACGACUCAUUUCUGAACUGUUUCAAGAAAGGAAUCCAGUGGAUGCUGUAUCCAAACAUCCGCGAAUUGUGACAAAAUCCUGUAGAAAAAAUAAACGUGCUGAGGGUGGAAUAAAAACCUAACUUAUAAUGGAGUA